AUGACCAAGUCUCUCCGAGGAGUAUUACGUCGCUCGCUGUGUAAACGGCGUCGUUCUCGAUUUGGUCGCGGUGUUUUGCAAAGCUUUGCACAUUAUGAUAUAAAACCUGGACAGCGCUGUGCUCUGUUCGAAGAAAUUGGAAUGCGGGCUGCAAUAAGUGUUGCUCCUGUCGCCUUAGCUCGAUUUGCAACGGAUCGUUGGGUUGCGAUUGUCGCGGUGUCUUAA